AUGGUUCGAUUCCUGGCAGCGCUGGGCUCGCGGCGAGGGGAGGACCCAGGCGUCCGGGGCCCUGGAAGAGGCAUCCUGCCAACCCCCAACGGGUCCCGGACCCAUCCACGCUGCGGGCCGGUGUCCUCCCCUCCAUCGCAGCCGGACUGCGUCCCCGCCGGGAAGGCGACGACGGAGCCGCCCUGGCGCUGUCUCCCGCAGGACGACCCUGGGGCACAUUUGGGGUUUGGGGAUCCUGAUAGCAGUGCCAGCAUGGCUGACCAGGAAUCAGCCUCAAGCUACCUGAAUGCGAAGAAGCCAUCAGCAUUCACCUGGGAGGUGAGGGCAAAUGACCGAAACUACCACUUGCAGUUCAAGAAGAAAUUUGCCUUCUGUCUGACCAAGAAGAAGUAUGCGGACAAUGCCAUUAAAACAGCCAAGUACAAUGUCCUGACCUUCCUGCCACUAAACCUCUAUGAGCAGCUGCACCGAAUGGCCAAUGUCUACUUCCUCUUUGUCAUCUUCUUACAGACCUUUCCUGAAAUCUCCACCCUGCCCUGGUACACUCUCUUGUUCCCCCUGAGCUGCCUUCUCACCAUCCGGGGUUUACGAGAUCUUAUUGAUGACAUUGGCCGUCACCAAAGUGACAGGAAGAUCAACAGCAGGCCGUGUGAAAUCCUGUCUGGGAAGAGGUUCCGCUGGCAGAAGUGGCAUGACAUCUGUGUUGGAGACAUUGUUCGUCUGCGCAAGGAAAACUUUGUCCCAGCCGACAUGCUCUUGCUGUGCAGCUCGGAGCCCAGCAGCCUGUGCUAUGUGGAGACUGCAGAUAUUGAUGGGGAAACAAACCUGAAGUUCAGACAGGCCCUUCUGGUCACCCACCGGGAGUUGGCUACCGAGGAGAGUGUGGCUGCAUUUGAUGGGAAAGUGAUCUGUGAGGAACCCAACAGCCGGAUGCACAGCUUCACUGGCACACUGGAGUGGAAGGGUGAGACAUACUCGCUGGACAGUGAAAGGAUCUUGUUGAGAGGCUGCAAGAUACGCAACACUGAUGUUUGCUAUGGCUUAGUUAUCUAUGCAGGAAUUGAUUCCAAAAUUAUGAGGAAUUGUGGAAAGAUCAAGCAGAAGAAAACCAAGUUGGACCACAUGAUGGACCGGCUGGUGAUCAUAAUCUUCCUGGUGCUGUUGGUCAUAUCACUGUGCCUUGCCAUUGCCUCUGGAUUCUGGGCCAGGAGGUUUCAGGAGAAGCAUAGCUACCUCUCCACUCUCUACGAGCACACAACUCCUGCCAAACAGGCCUUCUUCAACUUCUGGGGCUUCGCAAUUCUCCUGAGCAUCAUCAUACCCAUGUCCAUGUAUAUAACGUUUGAAUUCAUCUACCUGGUGAACAGCUUUUUUAUCAACUGGGAUUUGGAAAUGUAUUAUGCUAUCAAGGACAUACCAGCAAAAGCCAGAAGUACCAGCCUCAAUGAUCAGCUUGGCCAGAUAGAAUACAUCUUCUCAGACAAGACUGGCACCUUGACGCAAAAUAUCAUGAGCUUCAAGAAAUGCUGCAUCAAUGGAACAAUCUAUGAUUCCUCCUGCCCCCAUGGCACCCUUUUGCAGGGAUCAGGGUUGACCUGGAGCCACUGUGCGGACAAGAAGUUGGAGUUUCAUGACCCUCUGCUGCUGGAAGCCAUCCAGCAGGACACCAGCCCUGUGCUGAGGGAGUUCCUGAGGCUGCUGGCCCUCUGCCACACAGUCAUAGUGGAGGAGAGCGACAACCAGCUCAUUUAUCAGGCAGCCUCACCCGAUGAAGAAGCACUGGUGUUGGCAGCCAGGAACUUGGGGUACAUCUUUCUGGCCCGAACACAAGACACUAUCACCAUCAGUGAGUUGGGGGUGAAGAGGACAUACAAAGUGCUGGCCAUGCUGGACUUCAGCAGUGAUCGCAAGAGGAUGUCAGUCCUGGUGCGAGACCCUGAGGGAACAAUCCGGCUGUAUACCAAGGGGGCUGACACAGUGAUCCUGGAGAGAUUGCACCGGCGGGGAGCCAACGAGACCCUCACUGAAAUGGCGCUGGAUCGCUUUGCGGCGGAGACCUUGAGGACUUUAUGUCUGGCCAGCAAGGUUGUGAGUGAAGCUGAGUACAGCAAGUGGAGCAGGAGGUACCAUGAGGCCAGUGUCCUGCUUCAGGAUCGUGCACGGGAGCUUGACAAGCUGUAUGAGGAGAUGGAGCAGAACCUGCAGCUGCUUGGGGCCACGGCCAUUGAAGACAAGUUGCAAGAUGGAGUCCCUGAGACCAUCCAGCUGCUGAAACUGGGCAACAUUAAAGUGUGGGUGCUGACAGGAGAUAAACAAGAGACCGCAAUGAAUAUUGGCUACGCAUGCAAGCUGCUCACAGACGACAUGGAGAUCCUGGAGGAGAAGGAGAUAAGCGAAAUCCUUGAGGCCUACUGGGUGAGCAACAACAAUGUGAGUGACAAUGGGGAAGCCUUGUGCUCCAGCCACCUCUUCCAGCAGUGCCCAGAGGCCUCACACCAUAAGAAGAGAGCUCUCAUAAUCAAUGGAGACUUCCUGGACAAAAUCCUCCACACAGGAGAAGUGCUGAAGAAUGGGACAGAGCGGCUGGGGCAGUGGCGGGCUUGCUUUAAGGCCACAGCUUCGCAGGAGCAGGGCAACCUGGUGGAGAAGGCAUUUGUGGACUUGGCCACAAACUGCCAGGCCGUGAUCUGCUGCAGGGUGACCCCCAAGCAGAAAUCAGUCAUCGUGCAACUGGUGAAGAAGCACAAGAACGCCAUCACGCUAGCCAUUGGGGAUGGUGCCAAUGAUGUAAACAUGAUCAAAACUGCUGAUAUUGGGGUUGGCAUCAGCGGGCUGGAGGGCAUGCAGGCUGUGCAGUGCAGUGACUAUGCCCUGGCACAGUUCUGCUACCUCCAGCGCCUCCUGCUUGUCCAUGGCCGCUGGGCCUAUCUCCGUAUCUGCAAGUUCCUCCGCUACUUCUUCUACAAAACCUUUGCCGGUCUCAUGGCCCAGAUCUGGUUUGCUUUCCACAGUGGAUUCACAGCUCAGCCUUUGUACGAAGGCUGGUUCCUUGCACUCUAUAACGUGUUCUACACCGCCUAUCCUGUGCUUUCCGUGGGCCUUCUGGAACAGGAUGUAAGUGCCAAGAAGAGUCUGGAGUUCCCCGAACUUUAUGUGAUUGGGCAGCGAGACGAGCUCUUCAACUACCGCAUUUUUGGCGUGACCCUCCUGCAUGGUGUCAGCACCUCACUUGCCAGCUUCUACAUUGCACUCUGGGCUUUUGAGGACCGAGUUGGCAAUAAUGUUGUCGGAGACUAUGAGUCCUUCGCCAUCACUGUUGCCACAUCAGCUUUUCUGUCAGUCAUCAUGGAGAUCAUCCUGGACACAAAGUUCUGGACCAUGCUGUCCUUCCUGAUGGUCACAGCCAGUGUACUGUUCUUCUGUGUCUUCUCCUUCCUGACCCAAAGCAUCAAUGCCUUCAAAAUAGCCCCUGUCAUCUUCCGCUUUCCAGAUGCCAGUAAGAAUGCCCUGACCGACCCAUAUGUUCUGCUCACCAUCCUGCUGUCCUUGGUGGUGAAUACUAUCCCCUCGCUCACCGUCCGCUUGUACCGCACUGUUGUGGGCAAAACCACCAUUCAGCAGAAGAUCCGCUUGAAGACCAAGCGGGAGCCGGAGUCCUCAGUGGAAUUGCGAGCUCACAUCCGCCAUGGCUCUUUCCACCGCCGCUCCAGCUAUGCCUUCUCCCACCAGGAGGGUUAUGCAGGUCUCAUCACCCGGGGGGACAGCCUGCGUGUGAAAGGCACCCGCAGCACCGUCUUGAAUCUCCUUUGCCAAGAACCAAACCCUGCUUCAUCAUCCCUCCACGUGCCCUCUGCAUAG